CCGGCGCUGAUUUGGGCUGAAACCAAUAAGCUGAACAAGGUGACAGAUGCAGUGGAGAAAAGGGGACCGUACAUUAUGAGCAAGCCUCCCUCCAUUCAUGCCAGGCUCCAGAGGCAGCGAGAGCUGGCAAAGGCAGCGCUGCGAAGGCAGGGGCUGCUGGGGGCACCCACACUGCACCAGCCGAAGCCGGCGGCUAAAAGGUCGGUGAAGUUUAACAAGGGCUACACAGCGCUCAGCCAGAUGGUGGAUGAAAACCUGGUCUCCCUCGAUUCGGACAGUGACGGGGAGCUGGGAUCCAGAUGUUCCUCAGGCUAUUCCUCCGCCGAGGUGAACCAGGACGUGAGCCGGCAGCUGCUGCAGGAUGGGUACCACCUUGAUGAGGUUCCUGAUGACGAAGAUCUGGAUCUCAUCCCCCCGAAACCCGUCACCUCCUCUUCUUGCCCCUGUUGUUUUGGAGAAAAUCUCUCCUGUGUGAUCCAGUAGAUGCUGCUCGUCUGGGGCUGUGCAAAAAAAGGUCAAAAGCCAGCACUUUCUUUGUCCUGUGGGAUGGCUGUUGGUGUCCGUGUCCCAUGCUGGGAUGGCGACACAAGGACAGAAGGAUGCUGCGAUGCCGCUUGUGGUGAGCAGCAGCAACCAACCAACCCCAAAGGACUUUUCCUUACACUCAGCAAUAUCAGGGAGAAGUGGCAUAGUGACAUUUAGGUGGCCUGGAUGAGACCUGUCGCCUGGUUGGGAUGGGGAGGGAGGAGAGGCAGAGCCUAGGCACCUCCAUGAGAGUGUAGAGGGAAGGAAUUGGGAGGUGCAGCAGCAAAUGCUCUUGGGUUUGCCUGACCUCCUCUUUUCCCCUAACGGGCCACACUGAGGAUUAGGACCUGGCCCUGGACACAGGUUGCCUUUCCCAGCCCUCCCUAAGAGGUGAGGUCAACUGUUGUGGUGUGAGAGUGGACUGGGAAGCCCUGAGACCCUUUUUUCUAUUUAUUUUCUCUUCAGUCAGCCCUCCUCCAUGGCAGGCUGAGGCCAAGCCAGUGAGGCUGGGGUCAGCACAGGCUGGCAGAGAGCCAUCUCAUUUACCUAUCUCAUGCUGCUUGCAGUUAAUUGCUGCUGGGUUUCCUCCUCCCAAAGCCUGGGCUGAUCUCAACCAAAGAUUGCAUCUCCAAUGGAGAAGAUGGGAAGAACCCAACAGACCAAAUUGGGGCAGGCUGCUGAGCUUUAAGUGUAUUUGUUGUAUCCACCAGCAGCUACUGCUUGGGUUGGGAGCUUCCUGCUUUCUGCCUCUCCAGGGACCAGUUAAAUUCUGGGUUUGGAGCUCAUGGCUUGUUCCAGCUGAUGCUGGCAAGGGGUAGCCCAGACCCCCCGUGCCAGCUCCUUUUGGGUGUGGAUUUGGGGUGGCUGCGGAGUCUCCCUGCUGUGAACCUUAAAAGCUGCCUUAAAUCGUGGUCCUACUCUACUAUAUAGAGGACAAUCAGCUUCUUAUAAAGAAACCUUAUUUAAAUAUUUAUGUCUAGAGACCUGAACUAUUGGGUUGUGGUUUUUUGUCGGGUUUUUUUG